CAACAUCCUCAGUCGCGUGGAAGCUUCGAGGGCAGCUGCGACAAUGGUAGCAUCUGCUGCGGUAGAAGCCAGAGCGGGUCUACGAGCGGGCAAGGCUGCCGCUGAGGAACAACGCGAAGCGUUGCAAUUGCUCACCGAGUCCGCCGAUAGAAACGCUGAGGCGCGCAUUCUCGCUGAUGACGCGGCGGUCCUGAUACAAGGUAGUGACGAGGCGCAGUCAGUUGCUGCAGCGAAGACUGUCGCGGUCGAGGAAACGUCUGCUUCCUUGGGCGCAGCUUCUAUAGAAGCCGAGGCUGCUGCCGCAGCAUCUAGGACGUCCGCCGGACAGGCUCUCCAAUCUGUGCAAACCGCUGACUCUUCUCUCAGGACUUCUGCCAGCACUGCUCUGAUGACCCUAAAAUUGGCGAACAUACAAGGUGCGGCUUCUGCCAAAGCUGCGGCGCAGAUGGAAAAGGCACUGGCUAUGACCCGUGACGCCAACAUUGCCGCUCAGAAAGCCAUGGCGGCCGAAAAUGCAGCGGCUGAGGCUGCGGCUGUCGCUGCCGCCCGCCAGUCGGAGGCCAGAGAUGCCGCCGCUGAAGUUAAAGCGGCUACCUCCGCGCUUCUCACCGCUCAAAGAAACCUCGUGCAGUCCAAUGCGAAAGUGUCAAUGGCCGACGGAGAGGCUCAGUUGGAUUCGAAAUCUAGAGCUGCCGAUGCCCAGGUAAAUGCCAUCGCUCAAGCAGCCGCCAAUGCCAGUAUACGUAAGAAAGAGGUAAUCGAGAUCGGAGCCGAAUACGGCAAAGCAAGCGGUGAAGUGAUCACUACCGGCACACGGUCCACCGGUGGAAGGGGCGCUAUUGCCACCGCCGAGGCCUCGAGCAGUGCUUCCGCCAUGGCGAGUGCAUCCGCUCAAGCGUCCGCCAGCGCAUCGGCCGUCGGCAAAGGAGGAUGGGGAUAUCGUUAUCACCACGAAGGCGCUAAGAGCGAGGUGAAAAGUGUUGCUGGGGUUGCAAUCGAAGGAGUGAAAAUCGGCACUGGAAUUGGCAACACUGCGUCCGCAUCCGCGGAAGCCCUUUCAAGAGGGCUCGGCAUUGGACAGGCAGCUGCCGAAGCGCAAGCUGCCGCGGCUGGUCAAGCGGAGAUCGCCGCCAAGUCGUGCAGAUUAGCUGACAAAAGCACUGCUAAUGCUGUUGCCUUGGUUGAGGCGGCAGCUGAAGCUGAAGUUAACGUGGCUAACAGAGCAACCGAGGAAGAGAGAUUAGCAGUCUUAGCCGCUAAGGCCGCAAGAAUACUCGAAGAAGAUGUCGCUAAUGUGAGAGCAGCUGCUGGUAGAUUGGAUUUAGCUGCAAGGGCCGCCGCUGUUGCUCAGAGACGCGCCAGCGAGGAGUCGGAAUCGGCUAACGAACGUUCGCAGGCUGCAGCAGCUGCUGCCGCUGAGGCCGAGGCUAAAGCGAACGCCGCUAAAGUAGCAGCGGCCUCUGCCACGGCCAUUGCCAACACCGCGGUUGCUAUUGAGCACAAAGCUGUUAUUUCGGCGCGCCAAGCUCAGGAGACCCGUCUUAACGCCGAGGUUGCUGCUGCGCAAGCCAUGAACGCGCGAGUUAUCGCUUCCGCCGAAUCUGAAGCUAGCGCCGAUCUUGAGAAUCGCGCAAGCGUGGCGCGUGCCGGUGCCGCUGGUGCCGCUGAAACCAAAGCUAUAGCUGCCGAUGCCGGCGCUACCGCUGAGAUUGCAGCCUACAGUUGGGCUAAGAAGGGUGAGCUUACUGACGCCGGUCCACUGCCGAAGAUUGUCAGUGUCACCGCGGAUCUGACUAAAAGUGAGGUUGAGGCCAUGAAGAUCAACCGAAAUCACGGAAUUCACGGAAAUCACGGAAUUCACGGAAAUCACGGAAUUCACGGAAUUCAUGGAAUUCACGGAAUUCAUAGGGGAAUAAUCCACAAUGAAGGUAUUGCAAGGUCGUCCAGUAGCGCUAGCGCUAGCGCUAGCUCCAGCGCCAGCGCCGGUAGCAUCGGCAAACUGGGGAAAGUUACCUUGGUUAACGCUGCAGCUAACGCGGAAGCAGAUAGUAAGGCAGUAAAUGCAUGGUGAAUAGGGUGAUGCAUGCCGAUCCUGAAUUUUACAUUUCGCACAUGGAAUGUGUACGGAUUUUUUAAGUAAUGGAUAUUAGUAGAGUAGCGAGACACACAGUUACAUGCACAAUUGAAAAAAAAAUUACAA